CUGACGCGCCACGAUCAGGGUUGCCAGUUUGGUAGAAACAGCAGGCCUGACUGAGCCGCUUGAAUUUAGGGCCUAGAAAGGGAGGGCGCGGAGCCUAACAAGGCAACGAAGCGAACAAAAGGAAGUGGCUUUUACGAGCUAAAUGUUUAUGUUUCAUAUAACCUCUUCCAUUGCCCGGUAAAUACGCCGUUCUUAUAUUUGCUUUGCUCGAAGCAGGAGCUGAAGCCGUCGCGGCCAACAUGGAGUGAUCAAAGUAAGAGUUUGUCCUGAAUCAGCACCAGUUGUUGAGGUCUUCCCGGGGCCCUUUGGGGCCCAGGAAGAGGAUGCAUCGUGGUGGAGAUAAAGACUUCCAGACCUCAGCUCGAAAGAUGGGCACAUCCUUGUUGUUCCAGCUCUCAGCCCAUGAAAGAGAGUUAGAUUUAGUAUUUCUGGACCACAGCUAUGCCAAACCAUGGAAUGCCCACCCAGAUGCCAGCAGUGCUCGACCCACGAGGACGCUGUUUGUUACCCCACGUCGCCAACCUGAACCCGUUUUAGAUUCAGAUUCUGUAAUAGAUGUGGAAACUGUAACUCCAACACCCGUUCCUCUAUAUGAUAACCACAAAGCCCUUAGUGUGAUGAAGGAGUGCGAGCGGCAUGUCCUGUUUGCUCGUACAGUUGCUGAGAGUCCCCCGCCCCCUGAUGACUGGGAGGAACAUGUAAACAAGACUGGAUGGACAGUGGCCCAGAACAAAUUGUUCAACAAGGUCAUUAAAGCUCUGCAAGCGGAAAGACUAGCCCGUCUGGCCAAUGAAAAUACUUCCAAUGAGCCAAUUUUGCGAAGGAUAGCUGUGGACAAGUGUGCGAGGAAGGUGCGGCAUGCGCUGGCCAGCGUGAACUGGGACACCAAACUGACACAGUGGUUACACACCACUCUAAUUGAGUCUUUAAGCCUAGCCAUGCUUGCCGCGUACCUGGAUGUGCUGCAGACUCUCAAAAGCAAGUUGCCCUCGCUGAUCGACAGAAUGUUGCUGUCAUCGGCAAAGACCGGCGCUCCAAGCGCAGAGGCGCUGUCACUGCUACUGAAAAGGCCGUGGGACCCAGCUGUUGGAGUUCUGUCUCAAAACAAGCCGAGCAAGCUUCCAGGAUCCCCACUCAUCCUUAUUGCACCAUCAAGCCCAACCAAUCCCGCCCUCUCCACUUCACGGCGAAUGAGAUUCUGGCAGUCACAGCUCUCCUUUUUUGGAAAGGUCAUCCCAAUACACACUCAUGUGAACAGCGGGGCCAAUAUUGGCAUCACCCAGUGCCUAGAGCACAUGUUGGGUACUGUCAGGGCCAAGGUCAUGGAGGUUCACAGUCACUUUCCUCACAAACCCAUUAUCCUGGUCGGCUGGAACGCUGGGGCUCUUAUGGCUUGCCACGUGUCCCUGAUGGAGUAUUUGACGGCUGUGGUCUGUCUUGGCUUCCCCCUGCUAACAGUCAAUGGGCCACGUGGGGAUGUGGAUGACCCGCUGCUGGACAUGAAGACACCAGUGUUGUUUGUGGUCGGCCAGAACGCGCUCCAGUGUAGCACAGAAGGAAUGGAGGAGUUCAGAGAGAAGCUCAGGGCAGACAACAGCAUGGUGGUGGUUGGAGGCGCGGAUGACAAUCUGAGAAUCAAUUCAGCAAAGAUGAAAUCAGAAGGACUGACGCAGACCAUGGUGGACCGCUGCAUUCAGGAUGAGAUCGCUGACUUCCUGUCAGGUGUGCUUACACGGGCAGAGGGCCACGGUCAUGGCUCAGGUGAGAUGAGAGACAUGGACACAGAAAAGAAGAAAAGGCCUCGACGGGAGCUUCCCUUUGACAUGGAGAGAGGACGACCAUCCUCCCCUGCACUCAGAGUUCCGAUCUCGCCGUCAGGAUCAGAGGAUCUGUCUAGUGUCUGCAGCAGUCCCACAUCCAGUCCCAAACCCAAGACAUCUGGUCUUUCUCCGGCACAGAAGUCCAGCCUUAUCACUGCUACACAGUUGCUCAAGACACACAUGCAGCGCUCCGGCACAGUGCUCAGUCACAAGCAGGCUCAAGCUCAGUUUGCUGCUUUUAUGAAACAAAACAUGCUUGUGAGGAAAAAUCUUCCUCCUGGCACUCCUCCUUGUAUUUUUGUGCCGGUGACCUCUGAUCAGAUGGAGGGCCUGGACAGAGAUGAACUGCGGUCCCAUGGCAAGAGGAGGCAGACACCUAGUCCCACUCCAAGCAAAGCCUCCAAGAGAGCAAAGAUCAAGGUUACUAUUGUUUCCCAAAGCGAUUCAGCAGGGGGCAGCCUCAGUCCUGCUGCACAUGAAGUGGGUGUCUCAGGAAAGCCCUUAACUGUGACAGUGGGACAGACUGUGGCUGGUGCCAAGGAGCUCUCUGGACUUCUUACAGGCCAACGGUCUGGUAGUCUCUCAGAGGUGUCUGGUGCCCUGUCCCCAGGCUCCAGCUCAUUCAGCAGCGUGCAGCCUUGCAUGGUGUCGGGGCCUUCCACACCAGCCCAGGCGCAAGCUCCAGCCACUGCCCAAGCACCUUCCGCCAGCAGUCUUCUACAAGGCCUAAGUUUCAGUCUUCAGGAGAUCGUCACCAAAGCUCCUAACGUUCCCUCGACAGCAGCCAACACAGGCGGCACACAGGGUCCGGUCCUGAGCUCCGCCGGUACCAGCAGCAGUGCUCUGCUCCGGGCAGUGCCUGUGGUCACCACAGGAGGAGUGGCUAAAACCACCGCCAUCCAUCAGCUGCUCACCAAUGGUGGGCUGGCCAAACUUGCUAGCAGCUUGCCUGGCUUGGCGCACAUCACCAACCAGACCACCGGAGGGCAGAAAGCCCCCACUUCUAUAACGGUGACCCUUCGAGGAGCACAUCCGAGUAGAGUGGGAUCUGUCAGCCAAGCUGGUGGUGAAGCUGUGACUUCAGCUCGUACCCAUAACCCAAGCACUGAAAUCUCGGCUCACUGUGGGCAAAUCCCUGAUGCAAGAUGGUGAUGUGCAAAAGUACCUUAGGAGUCACAGCCUGCCGAUGAGACUGCUCCCUCCCCAUAGUGACGAACGCACCGCCGCACAGUGUGCAGAAGACCAUGCCUCACAGAGGGCUCCCCUGUGGAGAUAAUGGGAAAAGGCCAGGCAGUCGCUUUCAGUCGCGACCAAGUCCGAGUCUGUGCUGGAUAGAACAGGCUCUGCUAACUUAGGGGAUGACGUUGUGCUACAGCCUGCACUCCUUUAUUACACCUUUGACUUUAAACUGACAGCAUGAUCACAUGUUCUUGGGAGAAAAUUAUAUGCUGAGGGUAAACUGUAAACUACCUGGAGUGUGGUGGUGCAGCCCAGGUAAAGCCUAUAAAAGGACAGCUGUGCAACUGUUCAUCCUGAUCAAAAACCUGCUGUGCAUCUCAGCAAACAUAAUGUUUGAAGUCCUUAGCCUACUCUCAGAAUAUAUUGAGUUCUAUCAUUGCUAUAUCCGUAUAUGUCCAUAUAGAUCCAAUAACAGUAAUCCAUAUAAUAAGUGUCUGUCAUAAUUGUUUCUUUUUAUGUAGCAAUAUAAUUUGAUGUAAUGUGCUUCUGAAAGGGAGACGUGUAUUGCGAUGCUUAGUUUGAGGUAUUUGCACUUGUAAAACUCCAAGCUUUUGUUGUACUCAUUUCCACCUGAACCUGUUCUAUAGCCUCAAACACUGGACCAGGGUACUACUUCCCAUCUGCACCGUCUCAUGACUUCACUGCACGCAGAGCUUUUGUUUGAAAUAAACAUAUUUACCUGAA